CAGCCCCGCCGCGCCCCGUCCGUCCUAUGCGAGCCGCCCCGGCGCCAAGAUGAAAGACGACUUUGCAGAGGAGGAGGAGGUGCAGUCCUUCGGCUACAAGAGGUUUGGUAUUCAGGAGGGGAGCCAAUGUACCAAGUGUAAAAAUAACUGGGCACUGAAGUUCUCCAUCAUCUUAUUAUACAUUUUAUGUGCCCUGUUAACAAUCACAGUAGCCAUUCUGGGAUACAAAGUUGUAGAAAAAAUGGACAAUGUGACAGGUGGCCUGGAAACAUCCCACAGAAGAUACACAGAAAAGCUCACAGAAGUGGAGAGUGAUCUGAAGAAAUUAGAUGAUCAAGCUGGACAAAAAGCCUUGAAUACUAACACUGAACUGUCCAGCUUCAGAUCUGACAUUCUGGCUCUUCGUCAGCAACUUCAUGACAUUGCAGAGAAAACUACCAGAAACAAAGAUACACUGGAGAAGCUGCAAGAGUCUGGAAAUGUAUUAGAUGAUAGACAGAACCAAAUGAAAAGUGCCUUAGAUAGUAACUCUUUCAUGAUCAUCAGUGUCAAUAAGACUCUUCAGGCAUAUACUGGCUAUAUCAACAAUCUUCAACAAGACACAAGUAAUAUACAAACAAACCUUCAAAGCCAAGAGCAUUCUCAUAAUGUGAUCAUCAUGAGCCUGAAUAACUUAAACCUGACUCAAAUACAGCAAAGAAAUCUUAUCAGUGACUUACAGAAAUCAAUGGAAGAUACAAGUUCGGCUAUUCUAAGAAUCAGGAAUGAUUUUCAAAAUCUGCAGCAGGUUAUCCUUCAGGCCCGGAAGGACACUGACUGGCUUAAGGAGAAAGUACACAAUUUACAGGCUUUGGCUGCCAACAAUUCAGCAAUGGCAAAAGCCAACAACGAUACACUUGAAGACAUGAACAAUCAGCUCACCUCCUUCAGUGGGCAGAUGGAGAACAUCACCACAAUUGCCCAAGCCAACGAACAAAGUCUAAAGGAUCUCCAGGAACAGCAUAAAGGAGAUGAAAACAGAACUGCUGCCAAAUUCAGCCAUCUAGAAGAAAGGUUCCAGGCCUUUGAAACCGAUAUAGUCAAUAUCAUCAGCAACAUCAGCUACACCGCUCAUCACCUACGGACACUGACGAGCAAUCUCAAUGAGGUCAGGACAACUUGUACGGACACCUUAAGCAAACACUCGGACGAGCUGAUUUUUAUGAACAGCACGCUAGCCAAUAUCCGCAUAGACUCUGCAUCUCUUAAGGUGCAACAGGAUUUGAUGAGAUCAAGGUUAGAUGUUGAAGUUGCCAAUUUGUCAGUAAUCAUGGAAGAAAUGAAGCUGGUGGAUUCCAAACACGGCCAGCUCAUCAAGAACUUCACUAUUCUACAAGGCCCUCCUGGUCCUAGGGGACCUAAAGGUGACAGAGGCCCUCAAGGUCCUCUUGGCCCCGCUGGUCUAAAAGGACAAAAAGGAGACAGAGGAGAGCCCGGACCACCAGGACCUGCGGGUGAGAAGGGCCCACCCGGGCCAGCCGGGCCACCAGGAGAAAAAGGAGGGAAAGGUUCAAGAGGAUCGCCUGGCUCCAAAGGUCAGAGAGGUUCUCCCGGCAAGACAGGUCUGCCUGGGCCAAAUGGAGACCCAGGGCCACCAGGGCCGCCAGGCAAGGAUGGUCCGCCAGGGCCUCAAGGCCCACCAGGAUUCCAAGGCCUGCAGGGAACAGUGGGAAGCCCGGGGUUACCAGGACCACGAGGGAUGACUGGACUGCCUGGAGUCCCUGGGCUGCCUGGUCCAAAGGGCCCACCCGGCCCACCGGGGCCACCAGGUCCGGGGAUGCCAAUGGCACUGCAGAGUGAACCCACGCCCGUACCCGAGGCCAAUGGUUGUUCUCCCCACUGGAAGAACUACACGGAAAAGUGCUACUACUUUUCGAUUGAAAGAGAAAUUUUUGAAGAGGCAAAGUUGUUCUGUGAAGAGAGAGCAUCACGCUUGGUUAUCAUCAACAACAAAGAGGAACAGCAAUGGAUAAAAAGGCAGAUUUUUGGGAAAGGCAGCUUCUGGAUUGGACUAACAGAUUCAGAGAAGGAAAACGAAUGGAGAUGGUUGGAUGGAUCCUUGCCAGUUUACACAAACUGGAAAACUGGGCAGCCUGAUAACUGGAGUCACGGGCACGGGCCAGGGGAAGAUUGCGCCGGGUUGAUCUAUGCUGGGCUCUGGAAUGACUUCUACUGUGAAGAUGUUAACAAUUUCAUUUGUGAAAAAGACAUGGACAAAGGGCAAAUUCUUGGAGUGUAAUAGGCUGUGACUUUACAGAUACCUUCAUAUUAAGGAAAUGUAUGUAAAGAAGAAGAAAUUCCUGGGAAAGAGCAACACUGACUUCCAAAAAAAUAUGAAAACAGAAAAAAGCAAGCACUGAAAACUGAUUUAAAAGCAUCAAGGAAUUCAGCAGUAACUCUUCUCCAGCAUCCUGCAAUUAUUUAAGGCCUUUCAACCCUCAGCGUCAGGAAAUACUGUUGGACUAAUUCUGUUUUAGAUUUUCUUCCCAACCAAUAACCACAUCCAUAAACAGCUUGUGUCUUCUGAGAAAAGACAUUCUUCAAUCUGAGUAAGAUUGCUGGUCACUCAUAUAGAAAAACAUAUAAAGCAACUGUGUAAACAGUUGCUUCAUUUGCUAAAAUCCCAAAUGUAGGAAAAUUAUACAG